AUGUGUGAUGCUGGGUCCGAGAGCCCCAUCUUGACAGAUGAUCUCCUCAGGGUGGAUUUGUGGCAUGGCAGAUUUGUUGCUCAGGCUUUGAUGCGUCUGUUUGAGAAAUCAGAUCUGCCUUCCCGCGAGGUGCCAAGAGGCGGGAGCUGUCGAGAGGGCUGCUGCAGAUCCUGUGCUGCAUGGGCCAAGGCUCGGGCUGUGCUCUGUCGGCAUCUCUUUAUUGUCAACCCUAAAUCUGGCCCCGCUCAGCCCCUGCAGGAAAGAACCCGCGAUGGGCAGCGUGCUCCGUCUGCCCUCAGCCUGAUGAAUAAGUGGCCGUCCAUCCCUCACCGGGUGCCUGGUAAAUGGGGCCAGACGGGUCGAACGGGGCUGGACUCUGGCUGCUGCUGUCCUGGCGAAAGGCUCUUGCAGCUCGCCUGGGCGGCGUGGGGGUGUGGGGUGACUUUGAACCCCCUCCCCGUCCCCGGCAGCUUUGUUAUCGGCGCUAUUGUGGGGCUGGCGGAGCCAAUCCCCGGCAGCCCCGAUUCAAAGUCCAGCGCGGUGGUCCUCACCCACCUCCCAGACCCCAGCAGCAGCUUCAGGGAAGACGCCCCCCGACCCCCCGUCCCCGGGGAGGAAGGAGACGCACCAUGCCCGCAACUCGCCAGCUCGUUUCUCCCCAAAAGCCAAAGCUUCAAGGCCAUGCCGGUGCCUCCUGCCCCGCGGAGGAAUGAGAACGGACUCGGGGAGCCGGAAGGCAGCGCAUCUCCAGACUCCCCUCUGGCCAGAUGGACCAAAUCCUUGCAUUCCUUGUUGGGAGAUCAAGAUGGUGCCUAUCUUUUUCGGACCUUCCUGGAAAGGGAAAAAUGUGUGGAUACCUUAGACUUCUGGUUUGCCUGCAAUGGCUUCAGGCAGAUGGACCUUAAGGAUACCAAAACUUUAAGAGUAGCCAAAGCUAUAUACAAAAGGUACAUCGAGAACAACAGCAUCGUCUCCAAGCAGCUCAAGCCUGCUACCAAGACCUACAUAAGGGAUAGCAUCAAGAAGCAGCAGAUAGAUUCUAUCAUGUUUGAUCAGGCACAGACUGAGAUUCAGACUGUGAUGGAGGAAAAUGCUUACCAGAUGUUUUUAACUUCUGAUAUAUACCUCGAAUAUGUAAGGAGUGGAGGAGAGAAUCCUGCUUACAUGAACAGCAACGGACUGGGGAGCUUAAAAGUUGUCUGUGGCUAUCUCCCGACCUUGAAUGAAGAAGAGGAAUGGAGCUGUGCAGACUUUAAAAACAAAAUCUUGCCUUCGGUAGUUGGACUAUCCAGCAAGACGUUGAGGGUUACAGCGAAUGUCAGAGCUACGGAAACGAUCGAGAAUGGAUACAGGUCCUUCAAGAGGAAUGAUCCCGUUAACCCAUACCAUGUGAAUUCUGGCUAUGUGUUUGCCCCAGCAACCAGCGCGAACGAUAGCGAAAUAUCUAGCGAUGCCCUGACGGACGACUCCAUGUCGAUGACGGACAGCAGCGUAGAUGGGAUCCCCCCGUACAGAAUUGGGAGCAAGAAGCAGCUCCAGCGGGAAAUGCAUCGGAGCGUCAAGGCCAACGGUCAAGUUUCUCUACCUCAUUUUCCGCGCCCCGGGGGCGAGGCGGACCGGGCGCAGAACGUCUGGCAGUGGAUGCUGGAGAGCGAGAGGCAAAAUAAGCACAAGCCCCAUAGCACACAAAGCGUGGAGGCGGCCGGCGGGCUGGCCGGGUUCCCCAAGCCGCAGAAGCAACGAUGUUCAACCUCAAAUCAGCAGAGGGAUCGAAACCACUCCGCUGCCAUUCCGGGGGGAAACACCCCUUUCUGCAAUGCAAGUCUAACGACAGAAGAUCACAAAGAGCCAAAGAAACUGCCAGUUGUUCACACCUCUCAGUCGAGCGAGUUGGUUGUCACCUAUUUUUUUUGCGGAGAAGAAAUUCCCUACAGGAGGAUGUUAAAGGCCCAGAGCCUGACACUCGGGCACUUUAAAGAACAGCUGAGCAAAAAGGGAAAUUACAGAUACUACUUCAAAAAAGCAAGCGACGAGUUUGACUGCGGCGCGGUGUUUGAAGAGAUUUGGGAAGACGAAACCAUCCUGCCGAUGUACGAAGGAAGGAUUCUUGGGAAAGUAGAAAGGAUCGAUUGA